AAGUGUGACACGGAACUAUUGCCCACACCAGGAUACUAACGCAGUAGAGGUAUCUCACCAACCCGGACAGUUUUGGGUUAUAAAGUGACAACAUUUCUCUUGCGGGUCAUAUCUUUGUGUUUGUUGAUUUCUGCUGGGGAUUUUUAACUAGUUGGUUUGAAUUCAAGCUCUUUAAAGAGUAACACUCAUGAUGUACAAGCUGCUGCUAACACUGGUGGUCGUGGUGACUGUGGCCGACUGUUAUUCUAUUCACGCUAGAGGUCGCUUCAUGGAAGCUCGAGAAAGAGGGGAGCAGAUGGGGUACAGAAGACGUUCACGAUUCGACUCAGAUGACGAAGACCGUCCACGAUACCGUGGCCCGGUCCGUGACCCUAUCCGCGUGGCAUCAAGUAGUGAAAGUGAAAGCAGCGAGGAGAGCGACGAAGCAGGGUCACGUGGUAUGGGGAUGAUGGGUAGACGUAACCGCGGUUGGAUGAUGAGCAGAGUUACCCCUUCUGUCAACACAAUCGGCGAGAGCGGCACUGAGUUCAUUGAGCAAGCAGGGGAAGACAACCCAACAACGACUGUUGUCGUAGAUGAGGCCAUCGAGCAACAGGCCAUGCAAGCCAACAGGCCACCCAGACGGACACAGGCUUAAAACUGUACCGUCAUUUGUGCUAAUUAAACAGGCUUAAACUGUACCGUCAUUUGUGCUAAUUAAACAGGCUUAAAACUGUA